GCAUUUAAGGGAGGGCAAUAGACACCUUGUCUCUUCAACAAUCUACAUUUUAUUACUAGAAAACAAUCAAUUGACAAACAAUGAGCGCAGUAUACUUUUGGAAGACCUCUGAGCGUCCCCAUGGAAUCUUUUCCCAAUGGGCCCCUUCCCCCUUUACCGAAGAUGGCAUCACGUUCCCAACAGCCGAACACUACAUGAUGUACCAUAAAGCAGUUCUAUUCAACGACCAGGUCAUUGCCGAGCAAAUCCUUCAGGAAACACGUCCAGUAAAAGUCAAAGCGCUCGGACAGCGUGUCAGGAACUUUGUUCAAUCCGAAUGGGCCGCCCACAGAUAUCGCAUCGUUUUUAAUGGCAAUAUGCUGAAAUUUGGGCAAAAUCCUGGAAUGAAAGAAAUAUUGCUUAGCACUAAGAGCAAGGAGAUUGUGGAAGCAAGUCCGUAUGACAGAAUUUGGGGAAUCGGGUAUACGGCUAGGGCUGCGGCAGGAGCUGAUAGGAGGUCUUGGGGGUUGAAUUUGUUAGGAAAAGCAUUGAUGGAUGUUCGUGAAGCUUUAAAGUAGCCUUCAUAGAAACUUGUCCUUUAAAUAAAUGCUGCUUGUGAAUGC